AUGAAAUCUUUUUUAAUAUAUAAAUAUAUAUUAAUUAUUUCUAUUUCCUUUACUCUUUGUAUUUAUGGUGAUUCAAAUAUAAAUGAAUAUCAAGAAAAGAAAUCAAAACCAUCUUCAUCAUGUAUUGGACAAGAAUUGGUAGUUGAUUAUUUGGUAUUGGGAGCUGGUACGGCUGGAUCAAUUAUGGCAUCUAAACUGUCAGAAGAUUCAGAUACUACCGUACUAUUAGUUGAACGUGGAGAAUGGGAUACAGAUCCAAACAUAUACAAUACAUCUCAAUGGUUGACAUGGUUUCGUAAUCCCAAUCCUCGAUUCAGUCACAACUAUUAUGGUGACGCGGAACCACAACUCGGUGGUCGAAAGAUGAAGAAUCCAUUGGCAACAUUUGUCGGUGGAUGUUCUGGUCACAAUGCAAUGGUUGCCAACUCGGGUAGUGCACGAUUCGACUUUGACCUAUGGGCCCAUUUUACGGGUUCAGAGAAUAAUUGGUCGGGUGAUAUUGCCAGAGAGAAUUUGAUAGAGUUGAACAAGAUUAUGCAGUUUCAAGGGAUGGAUAGAAAUAGAACAUGGAUGCCCGAGUUGGCCAAAGCAAUCGAGUCGUUGGGAUACAAACCAAAUGAUGGACGGUUCAUGGAAUUGGAUGCAACUGGAUACUCUACAAGACAAUUUUGGUAUACUCGCGGUGACAUGAAACGAACAACAACGUAUAGUCGUAUGUUAAAAGACAAUGGUGCAUUACAAAACAGAGAUAAUCUAGAUAUCAUUGUCAAUCAUCGUGCCGUUGAAUUAGAAUAUGAACCAAUUGGUCGUGAUAAUGGUCAUUUUCCGGGACAUGACCGACGAUUUGGAGAAGAAGAACAGUCUACGACAUCAACAACACCAACAACAAAAGAUCCAAUGUUUAGAGUUGCAGGAGUAUGGAUUCAAAACACAGAGACAAUGAGGAAAACAUUCAUCAGGGUACAAAGAGAGUUGAUUGUGUCGAUGGGAGCUAUCGAGUCACCUAAAUUCCUCCAACUCAAUGGGAUUGGAGACAAACGUCAUUUGACGUCACUCGGUAUAGAGACUGUCGUCAAUUCACCAUGGGUCGGAAAACAUCUGCAAGACCAUGUGUUUUUAAAGGUGCGAGGUAAGCGUCUUGCCAGCCAUCUCCAAGACACUGUCAUCCCACUGCGCAACCCUAUAUUUGACGGAUACCAAGUAUUUGGACCGCGUAAUGCUAGUGUCAUUGGCAACAAGUAUUCCGUGGCCAUUGACGUGGCGCGAGAUGACAAGGGGUUCGCCAUACUCGACUUUACACUCGAAAGCAAUCGUCCACUCUCCCGAGGAUUUGUCAAGAUUACUUCACGCGAUCCAUAUGCCAAUCCACAGAUACUGACCAAUUUCUUCAGUAAUCCUAUCGACAUGGAAUACAUGAUUGACGGUAUACGCGAGUGUCUAUUGAUUCAAGAGGAAAUGGCCAAGAUGGGCUUACUCGACCCCUCCUCUACAUCGGAUCUCCCACUCAACGCCACUCGACAACAGUACAUUGACUUUGUCACCCAAAAAGGUGUCAGUGAUUCCCAUCUCACUGGGUCCAUUAGAAUGGGUCCCGACAAGGACACUGCCUCUCCCUUGGACGGUGAUCUCCGUGUCAAAGGACUAAAGAAUGUUCGUGUUGUCGAUGCAUCUGUUUUCCCCUCUAUACCAGGUUCACCAAAUACAAGUGUACCAGUAUCACUCAUUGCUUUACAAGCUUUUAAAAUUAUUAAAAAUCAAAAUAAAUAA